AUGACACAGCUAACCAGACCUACAGGGUGUGUCGCCAUGCGUGUUGCUGUGGUGUCUGGAGCAGCGCUACGAUCUCUUGCCGUUCUCGGUGCAGGCCAAGGCCGGGGACGGGCAACUGUUGCCUUCCUUGCAGGGGCAGGACGACAGCAGCAGCCGUGGACGACUUCCGCCCUCGUAGCGGCUACCGGAGGUGGCGCUAGCAGUUCUUCGACCUUUGGCCGCAAGGCCGCCAGCUGUGGCGCUGCCUCUCAAGCGGCCCGCGGAGGAGCCGUGUCGGCCAAGCAACGGGCAAUGGCGUCGAUGUCGGCUUCUUCUACGCCCGAAGAGCUUAACGAAGCGGCCGCCGGCGUAUGCGCUGAAGUCAUCCCAGUGCCUAUCUUGAGCGACAACUACGCGUAUCUCCUCAUAGACCCGGCCACGAAGAAAACCGCCUGCGUCGAUCCGGCAGAGCCGGAGAAGGUGAUAGCAGCUGCGCAGGCUAGAGGAGUGGAGAUCAGCACCCUGCUCUGUACUCACAAACACUGGGACCAUUCGGGUGGCAACGAAGCCAUGAAGCAAAUGAUCCCGGACUUGGAGGUCGUGAGCUCGGCUUACGAAGACGGCGUUCCCGCGAUGACGCUUGCCUUGAAAGACCGCGAAGAGUAUGCCCUCGGCUCACUGACGGUGAGGGCGUUGCACACCCCUUGCCACACGCGAGGACACGUGCUGUUCUUCGUCACAAGUCCGGCGGCGGGGGCGGGGGAAGAGGGAGACGGGGCGGCUGCGCCGCUGGUGUUCUCUGGAGACACCCUCUUCGUGGGUGGCUGCGGACGUUUCUUCGAGGGGGAUGCCUCGCAAAUGUCCAACGCACUCCAAGGCGUCGCGGCAUCGCUUCCGGGCGCGACCCGAGUCUUCUGCGGUCACGAGUACACCGUGAGCAACCUGCAGUUCGCCAAGUCGGUGGAGCCGGAGAACUCUGCGGUGUUGGACAAGCUGGAUUGGUCGAGGAGGGUCUUGGCGAAAGGGGGCUACACAGUGCCGUCAACGGCAAAUAUCUCAAGAGCUGGAGCAUAACCCUUUCAUGCGCGUCGACGAGACGGCCGUGCGAGAGGCCACAGGGAGUGGGGAUGGCGUGACCGCGAUGAAACGGUUGCGAGAGAUGAAGAACAGCUUCCGACCGCCACCUGAAAACCCGGGACGAUUCCCCGCACUGUAACGACCACGCUAGCGACGUGCGGGGGAAGAUGCGCAACCUUCCUACCUUUCGCGAUUUCGGGCUCAACCAUGCUGUAGCGGCUGCCAGGUUGUGGGUGCAUUGGGGUAGUUUGCUUAUCUAAGUGAAGUCGUCUCCGUUGAUGACCGUACGGCAUUUGACCAGUAUUGGCACUGGACCCCUGUCGUUUUUCUGGUAGUUCCCGACGAUUCCAGGAGGAGCAGGCGUCACGUUACUUCGCUGAAAACGACGGGUUUCUGAGGACUAAGGCCGUACCCUCACAACGAAAAUCCCCUUUGUAAAUACAGUCGAGGGAAGAUUUUUUGCUUUUUUCACACAUCAUAAUUAUACUCGAUUUUGUCUCUACACCCGUAGAUACAUGUUCAGGAUGAAUUCGCAGUGGACUGAAAUCGCUCACGAACUUCCGAUACCUGGCCUGUAGAUAGAGCGGUUGGGAUUGUUACAGUAACAGGAAUUGUAAGUUUUUAGUGGAGCCAAUCACAUCCAUCCUGUGUUCGUGCAUCUCGAAGCACUUUCUCGUGCAGGUGGCGGGUGCCUGUCGUUCGGAUGUGGAGCUAGCUGUCAGCACCUGCUCCAGAUAGCUAGGAGGUGUCGACACGCUCAAGUCACCGCACGCCAACAACCGGGAAGCACUGCCGCUGUGUGUGGUGUUCGGCAGUGCCGAUAUUGGUUCUAGGGGAAAUGCGAUUUCUGUUCUUUCGAGCCCAAUCUGCACUCAACAGACAGUGGGCGAUAAUGCAGGCCCUGGUUGUUUCGUACAACUACAACCAUCCAGGGUCACACAGGGGGGGGUAAACACCAGGGCUUUUUUCUCCUUUUUAUUUCUUUUCUUGCCUCACCUUCCUUCUGCGGUGCGUGCUGAAUUUUAUUUUAUUUUUUUUUUUUUCCAAAUACAACACAACGAGUCCAUUUCCGUCAGAGAAAAGAGUCAAAGACAGAUUAGCAAUGGAAUCAUAGCGUCAAAGAAAACUACCUGUUGUGUGUCCACGAUUUCCCAGACAGCAUAUAUGGACAUCUCCCCUGCGGAUAACAGGCUCAACAAGACAGUUUGGUAGCUGUGUUGUGUGUCUUAUAUAUGUUAUGUUGGGAAGGUGUAGACGAAAAGUGUUGGGCUGUUAGUUAGUUGGGUGUUUUAUGUGUGGCACCCUGUUGGUUGUGGAUCUCCAUCCAUUUUACACGUGUAUUUCCAGUUUGGUAUGCAUUUAACGCGAGGAAUAUGAUUUGGUAAGUAAUUGAGUUUGGUAUGCAUAUGCAUGCAUCUGUGUCAAAUUGAAUUUUAUUGUUAUCGCGAGAAGGGUCCAGCC